AUGGAGGGCCUAUCCAUCGCCAACUUAGCCGACAUCACCCUCAGUUUCUUGCUCUUCCUAAUCAAGUUGAUCAAGCUAGCCCUGGAGAUCUACGAGACCGGAAAGAUAGCUGACAACGAGAGACUUCAGAAGGAGAUCUACGUCCUGACGGGAAUGUGCAAUGCCGCUUCGAACCAACUCCAAUCCAUGCUAGAUAAGCUACAAAACGCAGGAGGCAAAGGCAAGAUGUUUUGCAAGAACGAGUGGAAGAGCCGCGCCAAAAAGAAGCUCGAAGUUAGGCUCAGCCAGUGCGGAGACGAGCUUACAUCGUUUGUCACUACAACAAAGAGCGCGAAAAUCCAACAAAGGCUAGAUGAUAUCAAGCGGAGCGACAGGAUUUAUGCGGCCAGACUAGAGUCUCUCACCACGGAGGUUUCCACGCUCGGCUCCGAAAUGGCUCGCCACAUCCACGACCUGGGUCUCCUACUUGGGAUAGGCAAUCGGAUCCGGCAGGGGGUGCAAGCCAUCGGGACGCGGAUGGUCCAAGAUGGUGCCCAGGUGCGGGCCCUCUCGAUUCUGAAUCGAUUGGCCUUCGACGGCAUGCAUACCCGCUAUGAAAGCCUGGCAGACGCUGAAGCGAACAGCUUCCGGUGGCUCAUCGAUGCCGAUGUGCCCCUGGACGAUAGCCCCCUCCAGUAUCAAGCGCGCGAGGCCUUUCUGACCUGGCUCAGGGAGGUUUUAUCGGACAACAUGCACGGGCGUCUGCAGGCCUGGUCCAGCCCGAAGACGAUGCUCCUGGGGAAAUUCUUCAUCUUCAAGCCCAACGCGCAGUCUGAGGGGGCCAUGCGCGACUUCUGUAGAGGGCUGUUGCAUUCGCUUCUCGGUCAGGCCCAUGAGCUGAUACCAAUCAUCUUUCCGCAGGAGUGGGAGGGCGAUCUCCGAACUGAAGAUGAAAAACUCAAUCCCUCCCAGGUGCAAUGCGCUCUCACUACGCUGCGUACCCUUGACGAUAUCUACAUCAAUCACCGCCUGGUCAUCUUCGUUGACGGUAUUGAUGAGUUCAUGGGUUACCAGAAAGAUCUGUGCCUGCUCCUGAAGGAGUGGGCGCAGCUCAGGCCUCACGGCGUGAAGAUCUGCGUCUCGAGCCGGGAGGACCAGGAUAUCCACAGAACGCUGGAACCAUCCGCCACGUUGCGUCUCCAGGAUGUGACUUUCCCCGAUAUUCUCGCCGUGGUGCAUGAUCGACUAACGAAAAUCACCAACUACGACACUAUCGACACCCCGCGAUGGCGGGCCUAUCUGGAAUGGUACAUUGCGGAGCGUUCGGAGGGUGUCUUGUUGUGGGCCGCCUUGGUUCCCCGGAGACUUGCAGACAAAGUGAAAGAUGGGUAUAACGCACGCGACCUGGUCAAUGCGGUCGACUCCCUGCCUCAGAGCCUGGAUGACCUCUUCCAGAAUAUCCUGGCGUCGAUGCGCGACAUGCGGACGACCUGGGCAUUUGCCCUGCUCCAGAUGGUGCUUCUCUGCCGUCGACCAUGGCCCUUGUCUCGCUUCUCGUUUCUUUCUGAAUAUCUUCAGGACCCAUAUUUUACUCGCAAUUGCACUUUGUCCCCCGCGGGAAACAGCCCGGAUGAUCCCCGGGCACGAUUGAUCAAGGCCAAGGACAUGAUUAACCGCCAUUGCCAUGGCCUGCUCGAGAUCCACGCGAAACAAAUAGACAGAACCAUCGUGAACGCGGAUCUCGUUGCUGGAUUUGCCGCCUUCCCCAAGGGGCACGAUGCGUUCGAUGCCUUGUGUCAGACGAUGCUGGCUGAUCUCUGUGCCACGUUGACACCCUCCUGCCAGGAAGAUCUCCCGCGGGUGGAUCUGCAUAUUUCUUGUCCGUGGGGGUCUACUGCGAUGGACUCGAGCAUGACGCAGUCUGCCCGCGACUUCUACAUGAUUUUCAAUGACACCGUAGUUCUGUUGGACACGUUUGUGGCGCAGCAGAUCCCUCCGCAGCGGCCGGAACGACUCUUUGGGUUUCUGGCCUCCGUGGCUCGCAUCAUCGGCGCCGCCCUGCCCGAGGACUACGACCUCAAUCUGUGGCUGGACUGUCGGCUGGUCGGCAAACCGCGGGCUCCCCCGCUGCUGCUCCGCAACGAGAACACCACUGACUGGACUCCAGACCCUGGUCUUCGCAGACCGAUCCGUUUGAUGUUUCCUUCCGUAUUUCCCGUCCUGGCGGCGUACAGCGGGAUCCCUUGGCGCGGCAGCGAUCUUCUUCCUCUUCUCCCAGCCGGAGAAGGCUCCGCGAGCUGGCUGACGCGAAGCGUGCCCUUCAGCGCGCUCACCCUCAACGCCAUUGGGUCGGCCCAAAGACAACUCCCCCGCGCGGCCGCGGGAUUCAUCGAGCUCCUGGGCCUGUACUGGCGACAUGGUUUGUCGCUGGACCAGCCAAGCGGCGAAGAGGUGAUUGCGGGGACGGCCCGGGACCUGACGCACUGGGAGUUCUUCCUCGUCGAGGCCCUCGGCAUGGGCACCGCGUGGCAUGAGAAGCAGCGGCUGCUGCCGCUCUUUGCCCUCUUCCUGUGGCAUGGUGGGGACCCACGGGUGGAGUUGGAGGUCCAGCUCGACGACCAGGCCUACAAGUGGGCCAGUGCGCCGCACGGCCCGCCGGUUGUUUUGGACCUCGUCCCAUCCACAGGUGGCUAUCACGACCCUCGCGUUUCUGUUGAGAAUAUUCUCACCGGUAGUCUUUCGGGUGAUUGCCCCAGUGGUCUCUCUGAUGGUUCCCCGGAUGGUCCCUCUAAUGGUGGGUUCGGUGGUCUCAUCGGUGCCCCCUCCGAGGAUUCCUCAAAUAGUCACCCCGGUGUUCCUCCGGAUGGUCCCUUGGGUGGUCUUCUCCCCAACGGUUGUCCUAAUUGUCUGUUUGGUGGUCCCCCCGAUGGUCCCUCUGGUGGUCUGUUUGGUGAUCUCACCAGUGGUUCCCCCGAUAGUUCCUCUAAUGGUCUGUUUGGUGUUCCCCCCGAUGGUCCCACUAGUGUUCUAUCUGGUAGUCCCACCAGUGGUCCCCCGGCGGCUCCCCCGGAUGCUCCUUUUGGUGCAUGGCCCGCGGAAGUUGGCAGGAUCUUCUUAAGUUCCCUGACAUUGACAGUGGGAAUGGGCAAGAAGAAGAUCGAACUGGUGUACGAAGUGGAUCAUCUUUCCGGGGCCCGCGCAAUGAAGCCGCUUCGAGAUCGGAUGGGAAAUGCGUUUUCCCUUCGUGAGCUCAUCACGGCUCUGUUCCCGGCCAAGGCGGCAGCCACCCUUCACAAGCUGGUCGAUUCGCCUCUCGCCGAUCUCUCGCCCGCAGACCGAGCGUCAAGGAUGCAUGAGUUGGAACCAGAGGUCCGCGCCUUGUUGUGUCUCGAGACCAUUGAGGAUGCGUUUGGCAGUUGA